AUGUUGAAAGCCGUAAUUCUAAUUGGAGGGCCGCAAAAAGGAACUCGUUUCCGUCCCCUCUCUCUAGACACCCCAAAGCCCCUGUUCCCAAUAGCAGGCUUCCCUCUGAUCCAGCAUCAUAUAGAAGCAUGUGUGAAGUUGGAGGAAUGCAAGGAGAUCCUAAUCAUUGGGUCAUACACGACCAACACUAUGGCACAGUUUGUCAAUGACAUGCAGAAGGAAUAUCAUGUUAUUAUCAGAUACCUUCAAGAGUUCACUCCACUGGGCACUGGUGGAGGUCUAUACCACUUCAGAGAUCAGGUCAGAGCGGGCAACCCGUCAGCAUUCUUUCUACUCAAUGGGGAUGUUUGUGCUGACUUCCCGCUUAAAGAGUUGUGGCAUUUCCAUGCAGAAAAGGCGAAUGCUCUGGUCACAAUAAUGGGUACAGAAGCGACUCGUCAGCAGUCAGUCCACUACGGCUGCAUGGUGAGAGAAGGAUCUACGAAGUCAGUGACCCAUUAUGUAGAGAAACCAAACAGCUACGUGUCCACUCUCAUAAACUGCGGAGUGUAUGUGUGUUCACUGCAAGUCUUCCACACUAUGGCUGACUCAUUUCAGAAGAAACAGGAUGGGUUUUACAGUGGUAAUGGUCAAACUAGUCCUCAUCCUGGAUACAUGUCUUUUGAGCAAGAUGUGUUGAUGCAGCUGGCUGGGACCAACAAGUUGUAUGCUAUGCAGGUAACAAAUUGGUGGUCUCAAGUGAAAACUGCAGGAUCAGCGAUAUACGCCAACCGUCACUAUCUGGAGCUCCACCGGGAUCGAGUUUCCAAAGACAAACCCUGCACCAUACUGCCUGAUGUCUUCGUACAUCCCACCGCUGUUGUCGACUCUACUGCUGUGAUUGGCCCGAACGUGUCGAUCGGCGCAGGAGUGACAAUCAAGGCAGGCGUGAGAAUCAAGGAGUCGAUUGUACUGAACAACGCGACGAUUCAUGAACAUGCGCUUGUUAUGUACUCUGUCGUCGGCCAAGAAGCGUCAGUAGGAGAAUGGUCCAGGGUGGAAGGUACACCUUCAGAUCCGGACCCGAACAAACCAUUCGCAAAGAUGGACAACACACCGCUUUUCAACACCGAUGGGAGGUUGAACCCAUCUAUUACUAUUUUGGGUGCAGGAGUAGUGGUCCCAGCGGAAACAAUCCUCCUAAACUCAAUAGUGUUGCCACAUAAACAUCUAACAAGGAGUUUCAAACACGAAAUUAUUUUAUAG